AUGGAAAUAGUGUGGGAGGUGCUUUUUCUUCUUCAAGCCAAUUUCAUCGUCUGCAUAUCAGCUCAACAGAAUUCACCAAAAAUCCAUGAGGGCUGGUGGGCAUACAAGGAAGUGGUCCAGGGAAGCUUUGUUCCAGUUCCUUCUUUCUGGGGAUUGGUGAACUCAGCGUGGAACCUGUGCUCUGUGGGGAAACGGCAGUCACCGGUGAACAUAGAGACCAGUCACAUGAUCUUCGACCCCUUUCUCACCCCCCUGCGCAUCAACACUGGGGGAAGGAAGGUCAGUGGGACUAUGUACAACACUGGAAGACAUGUAUCCCUCCGCCUGGACAAGGAGCACUUGGUCAACAUAUCAGGAGGGCCGAUGACAUACAGCCACCGGCUGGAGGAGAUCCGGCUGCACUUUGGAAGUGAGGACAGCCAGGGAUCAGAGCACCUCCUCAAUGGUCAGGCCUUCUCUGGAGAGGUGCAGCUCAUCCACUAUAACCAUGAGUUAUAUACAAAUGUCACAGAAGCUGCAAAGAGUCCAAAUGGAUUGGUGGUAGUUUCUAUAUUUAUAAAAGUUUCUGAUUCAUCAAAUCCAUUUCUUAAUCGAAUGCUCAACAGAGAUACUAUCACAAGAAUAACAUAUAAAAAUGAUGCGUAUUUACUACAGGGACUUAAUAUAGAGGAAUUAUAUCCAGAGACCUCUAGUUUCAUUACUUAUGAUGGGUCGAUGACUAUCCCACCCUGCUAUGAGACAGCAAGUUGGAUAAUAAUGAACAAACCUGUCUACAUAACCAGGAUGCAGAUGCAUUCCUUACGUCUACUGAGCCAGAAUCAGCCAUCUCAGAUCUUUCUGAGCAUGAGUGACAACUUCAGGCCCGUCCAGCCACUCAACAACCGCUGCAUCCGCACCAACAUCAACUUCAGUUUACAGGGGAAGGACUGUCCCAACAACCGAGCCCAGAAGCUUCAGUAUAGAGUAAAUGAAUGGCUCCUCAAGUAG